AUGCUCUCCCCCGAGCGCCACCGCCACCACCGCCACCCCCCGACUCCGCAGCCGCCGCCGCCGCCGCACCACCCGCCACAGCCCAGCCAUGUCGUGGCCACCAUCGAGAACCUGCCGGCGGAGGGCGGCAGUGGCGGCGGCAGGAGCGGCAUCUCCGCGCCCUCCUCCAGCGUGCGCCAGAGGAUCAGGAAAGUGCUGAACAGGGAUCUCUUGCUGUCUGUGGCACUUGGCCAGGUACUCUCCCUCCUUAUCUGUGGCAUUGGUCUCACAAGCAAGUAUCUGUCAGAAGACUUCCAUGCCAACACACCUGUUUUCCAGAGCUUCCUCAAUUAUAUCCUUCUGUUCUUGGUCUACACGACAACACUAGCUGUCAGACAAGGAGAAGAAAACUUGCUGGCAAUUUUGAAGAGGAGAUGGUGGAAGUACAUGAUCCUGGGGAUAAUAGAUAUAGAAGCCAACUACCUGGUAGUCAAAGCUUAUCAAUACACGACUCUUACCAGUGUACAGCUCCUAGACUGUUUUGUCAUCCCAGUGGUGAUACUCCUCUCCUGGUUCUUCUUACUGGUACGAUACAAGGCAGUACAUUUCAUUGGGAUUGUGGUCUGCAUUCUGGGCAUGGGCUGCAUGGCAGGAGCAGAUGUCCUCGUUGGGAGACAGCAAGGAGCAGGUGAAAACAAACUGAUAGGGGACCUCUUAGUACUUGGUGGAGCAACGCUCUAUGGCAUCUCAAACGUCUGUGAAGAGUACAUCGUCCGAAAUCUGAGUAGAGUGGAAUUCCUGGGCAUGAUCGGACUGUUUGGCUCCUUCUUCAGUGGAAUUCAGCUUGCAAUCAUGGAACACAAAGAGCUGUUGAAAGUCCCCUGGGACUGGCAAAUAGGCUUGCUGUAUGUUGGCUUUAGUGCCUGUAUGUUUGGCCUCUACAGCUUUAUGCCAGUGGUCAUAAAGAAAACCAGUGCUACUGCUGUCAACCUCUCCCUGCUCACAGCUGAUCUGUACAGCCUCUUCUGUGGAUUAUUCCUCUUCCACUACAAGUUUUCAGGACUUUACUUGUUGUCAUUCUUCACGAUCCUUGUUGGGCUGAUGCUCUACUCCUCUACAUCCACCUACGUAGCCCAGGAUCCUCGGGUGUACAAGCAGUUUCGAAACCCUUCCGGACCUGUUGUAGACCUGCCAGCCACCAGCCAGAUGGAGCCUUCGGUGACAUACACCAGCCUGGGGCAGGAGACAGAAGAGGAGCCUCAUGUUAGAGUUGCUUAA